AUGGCGACGGCCAAGCGAGCGCCAUAUUGAAUAUAUAUAGAUAUACUUUAUGUAUAUACAUACGUCAGAAGUGAACGUGUUCGGCUUAAUUUGUCUUUUUUAAAAUGCCUAUGUGUAGUGAUGAAGAAACUGCGUUAAAAUGGAUGCAAGCUGCUAACAAAAAUAAAGUUAACCUAAAAAACGCUCGCAUAUGCUCUGUCCACUUUACACCAAGCUGUUACAAACCAAAGCCAGCGUAUUUAGCAAACUGCGAAAAUUACUCGCCUAAGAAAUUACGAAGACUUCAUGAUCAUGCAAUUCCAACAGAAAAUUUGCCACUAUUGAAGAAAAAAGAAGUGCUAAAGGAAGUGCAAAAUCAACACAACAUAAUAAAUGUUAGUGAAAACAGCAGCAAAAACAGUUUUAGUGAGUCCGAGACCAAUUUGAUCGACACUUCAAUGGAAAAUAAAGCAGAAACAUGUUUUAUGCAAUCUUCAAAAGAAAAUGCUAGGUAUAAUUUUAUUGAUUUCAUGCGUAUUAACGACUUCAUUGCUGUACAAGAAAUUAUUGCAUGUUGUUUUAUAUUUUUAUUUCUUAAAUAUUUUUUACUUUCAGCAGUACAAGUGAUGAUACAAUGUGAUAUACUUCCUGAAAAACGGAACACCGAAAAAGAUGAGGAUUUUACCUUGAUAGAUUUCAACGACAGAACAGAUGCAAUGAUGGCAUAUGCCUUAGAAUCUACGGAAGGAGAGCAACAAGUUGAACUAGUUGAAGUUGAUGAAGAAGCUGCUUACUUUAACGCUGAACUGAACGAAUUCGAUUUUAUUGAUCAAGGGUUAGAUGAUACGGAUGAUUUUCCUCAAGAUCAACAGAGAAUAAUUGAAGUUGAAGAUAUUAUUGAACGUGAAGCUGUUACCUAUAUAAUGCUCACGGAAUCAUCCGAGUUGGCGGCCGCCUCAAUCAAUCAUCAUUGGAUCAAAACCACAAACAUCAAGCGAUUUUACCUCGCCACUCACGGUUCUCAACCUUACUCAUCGCUCACGCCCACCUGCGCACCCUGCAUGGAGGAACUCAGCUGA